AUGCAAGUGGAACCUUAUAUACUCACGAACUUGCAUGCUUGUAAACAGAACUAAGCUAUCUCUUCCUCAUUCUAUUAUUUUGAAGUUAAAAUCCUAAAAAAAGAAAACUCUAAAAAGUAUUUUAUAAUUAAUAAAUUUAGUGUAAUAUCUAUUGGAUUGACAUUUGAUAAUUUUUAAAUCAAUCAUCCUAUGGGUUUUUUUGGGGGAUUAUAGGAUAUUAUUCUGAUGGAAAAUUAGUUAUCAAAAAACAAGAGAUUGAUUUAAAAAUGA